AUGUCACACUUUGCGCGUUGUUUACUUGUUGCUCUUCUGGUCGCUGCCAUGCUGACAACAGCAGUGGUGGAUGCCCUGUACGCCGCGCCCAUUGGACGACUGCGUGAGAAAGGCACCGGCUGGCGUCCUUGCGACCCGAACGUGCAGCAGUGGAGCGGCUAUCUUGACAUCCCCGGCCAGAAUGGAGACAAACACUACUUUUACUGGGCAUUUGGGCCGCGCAACAAAAACCCAGACGCCCCUGUGCUUCUAUGGAUGACAGGAGGGCCGGGUUGCAGCUCCAUGUUGGCGCUGCUUGUGGAGAAUGGGCCGUGCUGGGUGAAUGAGACCACAGGGGAUCUCUACAACAACACGUACUCAUGGAACAAUGAGGCGUAUGUGAUUUACGUUGAUCAGCCUGCGGGCGUGGGAUUCUCCUACGCACAAAAGACCGACUACGACACAAAUGAGAUGGAGGUUUCAGAGGACAUGUAUCAUUUUAUUCAGGCUUUCUUCACAGCCCACAAGGAACUCCAGAAUAAUGAAUUUUUUGUUGUGGGUGAAAGCUAUGGCGGACACUACGCCCCUGCGACGGCAUACCGCAUCAACAAAGGCAACCGCAACCAUGAAGGUCUUCCCAUCCGUCUUGCUGGCCUCGCUAUUGGCAACGGCCUCACAGACCCAUACACACAGUACGCCGCCUACCCGGAUCUGGUGUGGAACUGGUGCCAGAAAGUCCUUGGAAGGCCUUGCGUCUCUGAAAGCGCCUACGAACUGAUGAAAAGUAUGGUGCCGACGUGCCAAAAGGUUAUUGAACUAUGUAACUCCGGUACCGAUGCGCUUGCGAAUACGUCCUGCACCACUGGACGUUUUGUGUGCAAUCCAAUCGUUGCGGUAUACAGCAUCACGGGGCGCAACAGCUAUGACAUCCGCAAAACAUGCGUUGGAAGCCUUUGCUACAACUUCGACGCCGUGGAGAAGUUCCUGAACAGGGAGGAUGUUCAGAAGUCGCUUGGGGUGGAUAGCCUUAAGUGGCAGUCGUGCAAUAUGGGCGUCAACAUCAUGUUUGCGGUUGAUUGGUUCAAGAACUUCAACUACACUGUGCCGGUGCUUCUGGAAGAUGGCAUUCGCGUGAUGGUUUACGCGGGCGACAUGGAUUUUAUCUGCAACUGGAUUGGAAACAAAAACUGGACAACAACACUGCUCUGGCCUGGCAAAGAGGCGUUCAACGCAGCUACCGACAAACCCUUUUCGGCCUCUGAUGGCUCUGCAGCGGGACUCGUUCGCAGCGCCGCCGCGGCAUCGACGGCGUCCUUAAGCUUCGUUCAGGUAUACAAUGCGGGGCACAUGGUGCCGAUGGAUCAGCCAGCUGCUGCCUCAGUGAUGAUCAACAAGUUCAUGCAGAACAAACCACUUAAUUGA